AUGUCUGCCGCCUACAACUACGGCGGUGGCGGCACCGGCCUGGCGGCGCCGCCUCUCAACCAGACCGCCUAUUCGACCGGCUCGCAGCAGGUCGCCGCCGACUACGGCAGCUACGGGGCAUACUCGCCGCAGGCUUUCUACUACGGGGCCAGCGGGUUCGGCUCGUACAUGUCCCCGGUAACGGCUGGCGGCAGCCACACGCUCUCGGGUAGCUGUACUCCGAGCUCAACGCAGACGUACCACCUGUCGCCGCUGCCGCCCGUCUCGACGCCCGAGGGAUCCGAGUUCUCUGAGGCUGGAACAUUCCUGUACCACUCGCCAACGCUGGGCACCGGCCGGCGGAGACGCAACAGUAACGGAAACGGCAGCACCGGCCGACGACGUCGGCGCGGCGAGCCGUCACCCGACGACGAACUGGCGCAGAAGAUCGACCGCAUCUUCAUCUGGGACCUAGACGAGACCAUCAUCGUGUUCCACUCGCUGCUGACCGGGCAGUACGCUCGCGAGAACGGCAAGGACCAGGCGAUGUGCUCCCAAAUAGGCAGCAAUUUAGAGACUCUAGUAUUCACCACUGGCGAAGAACUGUUCUUUCUCAAGGAGCUGGACGUUGAUAGUCAAUAUCCGACGCACGUGGCCAACAUUGAUGAUCUCCGUGCGGAGGAUAACAACCAAGACCUCAGCAACUACAAUUUCCUGGCGGACGGGCUGGCCAGCACGCUGGGCGUGCCGACGGCACCCCUGGGCUAUAGCUUGGCCAGGAACAACGUCAGCGCGGAUAUCGCGCGCAAGCUCGCCUUCCGACACCGGCGGGUCAAAGAGCUCUACAACAUGUACAGGAACAACGUGGCAGAGCUGUUUCGGGCGCAUUUGCACGGUCGGCACCCAUCGUUCGAGCACACGUGGACCAAGACGCGGCAGGACCUGGAGAUGGAGACCAACGGCUGGCUCACACAAGCGUGCUCCUGCCUGAAACUCAUCCAAGAGAGGAAGCAGUGCACCAACGUGAUGGUGACGCGGAACAUGUUGAUGACCACCUUCGCCAAGACGGUGGUCUUCGGCCUGGCUGACUGCUUCGAGCCUGAGAACAUCUUCUCAGCGUACAAAGUCGGAUUUGAGAGCUGUCUCAACACGAUACGGCAAAAGUACGCCGAGAAACACGGGCGUGAGGUGAUCUGCGUGAUCAUCGGUAAGCCGGACAAGCCAGACAGCCCGAGCAUCAUCACCGCCGCCCGACAGUUUGGCAUGCCGUACUUCCCCAUCAAUUCGGACAAAGAUCUCCUCGCACUGAAGUUCUUCCUUCAGUGCGGCUACAUGUAGGCUGCUGUGGAACCGACGGGUGAACAUUGAGGCGCCUUGCUGGCUGGAUCUGCGCUCCGCCGGCGCCCCGGCCGCCUGUGACUCGCGUGGACCCGUGGCCCGUGUAGUCCGGUGUUGAAGCGCAGUGGACUCGGUGGCCUCUGUCCACAAAACUGGCGCUGGCUCCUGGAGGCCGCCGGGGCCCGCUGUCGGCCUUCGACUGCGCAUGCGCUCGGCUGGGGAGGCCCCAUCCGGAGCCCGCCCGCCGCAGGA